CGAAGGGAACUUCAAAAGAAAAUAGUUAAGAAAACAAUAAAAAAUAGAAAUAGUCCGAAAUUGAAAAAAUUAAGUGAUGAAUUAUUUGAAGUAAAUUUUGACAAAAUUAAACAUGAUUAUGAAAAUAGAAAUGAAGCAGAAAUUAUUAAUAAAAUGCGAACAAGUCGGGAAGAACGGAAAUUAAAAAAGAAUUUGAUGGAGGAGUAUGAGAAGGACGGUGUUUGGUGGAAGGGAGGGGAAGAAGAAAGGCAAAGGAAGGAAUUGGAAAAAGUGUGGAAGAGGGGGAAUGGAGUGGAAGAUGAAGAAAAGGAGAAUGAAUUUAUCCCUUCCCAGGAGUCCAAUAAAAGCUGUAUUUAUGAUAAUGAUGUUUUGAGGAAUAAUAAUGAGGAUAUGUUCAAUUGUGAUGAGAAUUGUGAUGAGUUUUUGUGUGAUGAAGAUAAUGUUGAUUGGGAUUAA